AUGAGUGAGAGGUACGCUCAGAGCAGAAGCAGAGGGGCUGUUCUUGUCAUGGUGCUGGUGGUCUGCCUAUGGGACAUGCUGCUGCCAACAGAGGGCUCCUUAGCAACACAUCAGGUCCGGACAGGGACAUGUGAAGUGGUGGCGCUGCAUCGCUGCUGCAACAAAAACAAGAUCGAGGAACGCUCACAAACUGUCAAGUGUUCCUGUUUCCCUGGGCAAGUGGCCGGCACGACCAGAGCUGCACCCUCAUGUGUAGACGCCUCGAUAGUGGAACAGAAGUGGUGGUGUCAGAUGCAUCCGUGCCUUGAUGGAGAGGAGUGCAAAGUGCUUCCUGAUCUGAAGGGCUGGAGCUGCGCUACAGGCAACAAGAUCAAAACUACCAAGAUUUCUGCAGACAGAGACCAACUAUGGUAACGCCAGAGAUUACACUGUGGAUUUCAGGUAAAGUGUUGUUGCUUGGAUCAUCACAAGAGAAGAAAGUGAUACAGUGGACCUUUCUGUAAAUAGAGACUCAAGUUCUAUGGAACAUAACUAAUAUUUUGGACAUAAUGAUGAAUGCUUCGUGACAAACAACCC